AGUAACAUAUCCAACAUGAAAUUCCUCGUUGUUGCCUUUGCCCUUUUGGCUGUUGCCCAUGCCGAUGUCUCCCAUCUGGGUUACAACUACAACCCCGUGGCUCCAGCUCCAGCCCCCGUUAAGGUUGCCCCUGCACCUGUCGCAGCUCCAGUGAACGCCUACAUUCCUCCAGCACCUGUUGAUGUGCCUGCCCCUGUCGCUCCUGCCCCCGCUCCAGUCCGCGUUGCUGCUCCCGCUCCAGUCCGUGUUGCUGCCCCCGCUCCAGUCCGCGUUGAGGCUGCUCCAGUUGCUGCUCCCGUCAACCAGUAUAUUCCCCCAGCACCCGUUGAGGUUGCUGCCCCUGCCCCAGCUCCAGUCCGCGUUGCUGCUCCCGCUCCCGUCCGUGUUGAGGCUGCUCCCGUUGCUGCCCCAGUCAACCAGUACAUUCCUCCCGUUGCUGCUCCCGCUGCCGUCCCAGUCCGUGCCGCUCCCGCCCCAGUUCUGGCUCCCCAGCCCGUUCUUGAGGAAAUCGAACCCGUUGCCGCCGAUGGUUACCGUUACAAGACCGUGCGCCGUGUCGUCCGUCGUCGUCUUUAA